CAGCAAGUUCCGAAUUCCGAUUCGGGCUAGGCAAUCUAUAAAUUAUUGGCAUUUAGCAUCUUUACUUGUAUAAAAUUCAAUUUAGAAAAGUAUUGAAUAAAAACAUUAUGUAUUAACCCACAGAUUACCUAAUUUGGUUUUUAAAUUGUUUCACCUAACUUGUCCUAACGCAAUGUCGCGCUGGGCAAUCGCAUCUGCAGUUAUCGCGUUAAGCUUAUUUAACAGUGCAACCGGCCUAGGAGAGAUUAUUUAUGCAAUUAAUGCUGGUGGACCGGCACACACCGACAUAUACGGUAUUCAAUAUGAGAAAGAUCCCUUACAAGGAAGAGUCGGCACAGCUUCUGACUAUGGAAAACAAUUAGUCAUGAUCGGAAGAGUCAACCCAAAAGACGAAAUAUUAUAUCAAACGGAGCGGUACCACCACAGCACAUUCGGAUACGAUAUACCAGCCAGAGAGGAUGGAGACUACGUGCUGGUGCUUAAAUUUAGUGAAGUUUACUUUAAUGCCCCCAAUAUGAAAGUUUUCGAUGUAGUAUUGAACGGCGACCACACGAUAGUUGCUGAUCUAGACAUAUUUGAUAAGGUGGGAAGAGGCGUAGCUCACGACGAAUAUAUUCCGUACUCAAUAAGAGGCGGUAAACUCUUUUACAAUGAUGAGGAGUCUGAUAUCCGUGGUGGGAAGAUUAAGGUGGAAUUUAUCAAGGGUUACAGGGAUAAUCCUAAGAUAAACGCUCUCUAUGUUAUGAGAGGUAGUAUAGAUGAAGUUCCCAAACUCCCACCGAUUGUAUGGCCUGAAACUGAAGCAGAAGAACCGAGAGAAGAGAUAGAAGAGAAGAGCACAAAAUCGAGACGGGCCAGCGGCCCCAAACAGCCCGACCCCUACUCGAUGGAUGACAGUUCUGUUCUCAUCCCAGUGUUCAUCACCAUUGGUGCUUUUAUUCCUUUAUUGUUCUGUUUGUGUAAGCUAUAAUGUUGUAUGUCUGCAAUUGUGUGGUUGUUAUGAACAUUAAAAUGCUAUGUUGGUUUUUUA